AAGUGCGUCAGAAGGUCAGCGCGGCAAGAUGGCGGCGACCGUGUGUCGGUGGAGACAGCAAUAUGUCAGGAGUAGUUUUAUGCUCUUGGCAACGCGUUCCUGUUUUUCUGUAUAUGACAGAUCACCUGUGCACAGGAUAUGUGGCUCAGUCACAAGUUCUUCGCAGGUACGGUAUUCGUCAGAAGGCAGAGGGGGGAGAAAAGGCUUCCUGGGGGAGUUUUUGGACAGCCUGAAGCAGGAGCUGAGCAAGAACAAGGAGAUGAAGGAGAACAUCAAGAAAUUUCGUGAGGAGGCCAAAAAGCUAGAGGAAUCAGAUGCUCUCCAGCAAGCUAGACGGAAAUAUAAAAACAUAGAGUCUGAAACAGUCAAGACUUCUGAGGUGCUGAAGAAGAAGCUGGGUACACUAUCAGAGACUGUGAAGGAGGGGUUGGAAGAGGUCGGUCGUUCAGAUAUCGGGAAGAAAAUAAAGGAAGGAGUGGAAGAGGCGGCGAAAACAGCCAAGCAGUCGGCGGAGAGCGUCUCCAAGAGCGGAGAGAAGCUGGGGAAGACCGGAGCCUUUCGAGCGAUCUCACAGGGUAUGGAGAGCGUGAAGAAGGAGAUCGGGGACAUUGGCCACAGUGGACCCUACAGACCACCCACCAGAUUAAGGAAGAGAAGCGACUUCUCAUCCAAAGCAGCAGAGGCUGAAGCCAAGGUCUUUGACGCCAACGAGGAGGCGAUGGGUGUUGUGCUUCACAAAGACUCAAAGUGGUACCAGCAGUGGAAGGACUUCAAGGACAACAAUGUCGUUUUUAACAGAUUCUUCGAAAUGAAGAUGAAAUAUGACGAGAGCGACAACGCCUUCAUCAGAGCGUCCCGCGCCGUCACAGACAAGAUGACGGACCUCAUAGGUGGGCUCUUCUCCAAGACCGAGAUGUCCGAGGUCCUCACGGAGAUCCUGAAGGUGGACCCCAGCUUCGAUAAAGAUUCUUUCCUGAAACAGUGUGAGAAGGACAUCAUCCCCAACAUCUUAGAGGCCAUGAUUCAAGGAGAGCUGGAGGUUCUGAAGGACUGGUGCUAUGAAGCUACCUACAGUCAGCUGGCCCAUCCGAUCCAGCAAGCCAAAGCCAUGGGGCUGCAGUUUCACUCCAAGAUUCUUGACAUUGACAACAUAGAUCUUGCUAUGGGGAAGAUGAUGGAGCAAGGCCCCGUGCUCAUCAUCACCUUCCAGGCUCAGCUGGUGAUGGUGAUCCGUAACACAAAGGGUGAAGUGGUGGAGGGCGACCCGGACAAGGUCCUCAGGAUGAUGUAUGUCUGGGCUUUAUGUCGGGACCAGGAGGAGUUUAAUCCUUACGCUGCCUGGAGACUUCUGGACAUUUCAGCGUCCAGCACUGAGCAGAUCCUAUGAGGAGCUUCAGCACUCACGCUCAGGGCUGGGGAGGGAGAAUCGGGCAGUGCACACACACCGACACACACACUCAGCCAGAGUAGCGGGGGGGCUCGGCCCUGAGGCUUUUACUAGCCAUCCAGCAGCCCCUGACCUGCAGUCUGGAGCUUUCCAGAGAAGACUGACUGGACUACAAGGCUUGAUUGACCAUGCUGAACAUAAGUGCAGCCCAUUGACCUGCUCUGUCACUGGAUUGAUAGUGAUGUCACACGGUUGGAUGCUCAUGUGACUCUCGGCUGAUUCUCUUGUAUUUUCCGCUCGCUGGCUGCCCAAAAAUAGAGAGUGAGAAACUCUGCGUUUGUCUGUUGGCUUUCUCUCCACCCAGUAGGGAAAACAAGUGGUAAAAGCACUGAGUCGUAAGCUUAAAAGGAUAGCCAGAUAUCCUAGCUGACCUUAGCUAAUGAUCUGUGGAUGCUAGCAGGGCCAGCACUAAGCGUGGUGGUAGCUUCCAUUCAUCGUUAGCUAUUAACAAUUUUUUCCUGAGCUGUCUCUUUAAAGACCUGCUCAAAAUGGUUUUUAUAUUUGCAUAAAGUAAUCAGUCCCUAGGUUUAAUAUGAAAUAAAGUGGCCUAACGUUUAUCAGAUUUACGAUUGCAGUUGUAAUAUCCUAUUGAUUAUGUCCCGAGCUUUUAAUCAGAUUUAAAGGAACGUGCCAACACUUUGACAGAGAAUCUCUUGUUUAAUUUGUCAUGCAGUAUUUGUGUGCAGAAACCUUGAUUUGGAGAUUUUCUCGGCAAAUUUUGAGAAAUACAUACUGUCCUCACUUCAUAUUUUAAUAGCAGCCAAGAGAACCAGCCCCCCUUCUUAUCUUAAAGGAAUGUUUAGCCAAAUAAAUCUAAUUCACACAUUUGUCACCUUGACCCAAAUUCAGUCAAUCAGCCAAGACGUGUUCUGUGUCUGAAAUGUGCUUCUUUAUUUUUAGACUGAAGCUACAAGGCUAAUGUCGCUUACAAGUAAUGCAAGUCUGUGUCACCCAAAAUCGAAAAUCUAGCCUCGUAGCUCCAGUGCAAAGCUAAAGCAGCAAACGUCAGAUUUAGGACAUGUCCUGGCUCAUUGACUGGAUUUGGGGAAACUGUAAUUUUAUUAUUUUUUUGGAAAACUAUUCCUUUAAACGCUAGAAGAACAACAGCAAAGCUCACAUCUGAUUUAGAAUAUCUUCUAAAGAACCAACCCAGCAGCAAAUAUGGAAUACUGAAAGUAUUUUAAUGUAUUUAUUGCACAAAAACAUGAAGUUAUUGGCCAAAACGUGGGAUUUGUCUUUCAAGGCCUGCCUUAACAUUCUCUCCUAGAGGAGUAGUGAUCUGAACGGAGUAUAAAGGUGUACUGUAUUGUGUUUUUCCAGUUCAAUAAAGCCUCGGUUAUGUGGGGCUGAAA